AUGUCUGAACGUAAGGCUUUCGUGAAACGUAUCACCAAUGAAACUAAGAUCCAAGUUGCCAUAUCGUUAAAUGGUGGUUACAUUGAAAUGCCAGAAUCAAUACUGAAAAAUAAGGCUAGUAUUAGCAAUGACAAUGUUGCUACGCAAUCCACAAAUUCUCAAGUUAUUGAUAUUCAAACAGGUGUGGGAUUUUUAGACCAUAUGAUCCAUGCUCUAGCUAAACAUUCUGGUUGGUCCUUGAUAGUCGAAUGUAUAGGUGACUUACAUAUUGAUGACCAUCAUACAACAGAAGAUUGUGGUAUUGCACUAGGUGAAGCUUUUAAAGAAGCAUUAGGUGCAGUUCGUGGUGUCAAACGAUUUGGUACUGGGUUUGCUCCCUUGGAUGAAGCAUUAUCCCGUGCUGUUGUAGAUUUAUCAAACAGACCGUAUGCUGUAAUUGAUUUGGGUUUAAAAAGAGAGAAAAUUGGUGAUCUUUCUUGUGAAAUGAUCCCUCAUUUCUUGGAAAGUUUUGCUGAAUCUUCUAGAAUUACUCUGCAUGUAGAUUGUUUAAGAGGUUUUAAUGACCAUCACAGAUCAGAAAGUGCUUUUAAAGCAUUGGCUAUAGCUCUAAGAGAAGCAAUCUCUUCAAAUGGUACAAAUGAUGUUCCUUCCACUAAGGGUGUUUUAAUGUAA